AUGUUUCAUCAUCCUAAAGCUGUUGAAGAUGAUGAGAAAAUUUUCCCAACUGUUGCAAGAAUUCCUGAUGCGAUGCUUCGCAAGGUUGAUCAAUCUCAUCAUGUUUUGGUAAGCUAUUUUAAGACCAUUAAUCCUGAUAUCGAAACUGGUGUUUUACUUCCUCAAAGCAUUGUUCCAUCGAAGUUAAAGAAAGGAUCAAAGAAAGAUACAACGGAAAUUCCAUCCAAACCACAACCUGAGAAUGUCGAAACGGUUGUUAGGUCUGUUAGAAAGAAGAAGGUGCACACUGACCCACCUCCGAUAGUUGUUCCUAAACCAGUUUCGAAACUUGAAUCGGAAGUACUACCUUCGAAGUCUGGUGUAUUGAAAAAGUUGAAAAAAAAAAGCUCACAAACCUCGCCAUUCUCCUGA